CCCCAGUGGCUUCAUUGGCUCCUUGAUUUAAACCACGCCCGGCUUUCUGCCCGCUUUGCUGUUGCUGCGGGGCCAGGCCGCCCAGCCCCGCACGUCCCAGCCCCGCUCGCAGGGAGCCCGGGGCCGCUGCUGCCUUUGUGUGGAUGCGGCGCGUGUCCUCUCUUCUCUUCCAGAGAUGGCUAACAGGGGCCCGAGCUACGGCUUAAGCCGAGAGGUGCAGGAGAAGAUCGAGCAGAAGUAUGACGCGGACCUGGAGAACAAGCUGGUGGACUGGAUCAUCCUGCAGUGCGCCGAGGACAUAGAGCACCCGCCCCCCGGCCGAGCCCAUUUUCAGAAAUGGUUAAUGGACGGGACGGUCCUGUGCAAGCUGAUAAACAGUUUAUACCCUCCAGGACAGGAGCCCAUUCCCAAGAUCUCUGAGUCAAAGAUGGCUUUUAAGCAGAUGGAGCAAAUCUCCCAGUUCCUAAAAGCUGCAGAGAUCUACGGCGUCAGGACCACUGACAUUUUUCAGACGGUGGAUCUAUGGGAAGGGAAGGACAUGGCGGCCGUGCAGAGGACCCUGAUGGCUCUCGGCAGUGUUGCGGUCACCAAGGAUGACGGCUGUUACAGGGGAGAGCCAUCCUGGUUUCACAGGAAGGCUCAGCAGAAUCGGAGAGGAUUUUCAGAGGAGCAGCUUCGCCAGGGACAGAACGUCAUCGGCCUGCAGAUGGGCAGCAACAAGGGGGCCUCCCAGGCGGGCAUGACGGGGUACGGGAUGCCCAGGCAGAUCAUGUGACAUGCCGCCUCCCACCUCCCAGGAGAGAGGACGAAUGUUCCACACCACGGUCUCUGUGAUAAAGAAAUAGUUAGUCACCUUCUGACCUUCUCCUCUUUCUCAAAGCCUCCCGUUUGUGGUUUUUGCAAAAGUGCUGCAUUUCCGCUGCGAACCCGCGUUGCCCACUGCUGCCACCUUGCGUUCGUUUAGAACUAUGCAAAGACUCCGCCUCCUCUUCCUGAGCUCCUCCUUGGCCCCAAAGUCACGGCCUUUUGUCGGAUUAUUUAUUUAUUUAUUUGCCAAAAAUGCCCCCUCCUCAACGUAUUAGAACACACCUAAUAAACAAAUUAGUCUUGUGGCU